AUGGUAAUAAGUACAAGGGUUCCUGAAAACAUAGAAAAAGGAAAAUAUCCUGAUGCGUACGUAUUUUCACCUAAAAAAGGGAUUGUAAGUAGAAGACCUGUAACGGGAUUGGAUUUUGCUUCAUUAUAUUCCAGUAUUAUCAUGGCACAUAACCUCUUUUCAGAAAAAUUUAUAUUUGAUCCAAAGGAUAUCGAUAUUAAAGACCUAUAUCCGGCUGUAUUAGAGGAUUUAUUUAAUAAGAGGUUGGAUCUUAAAGCACUUCUAGCCCCACUAGGAAAGAAAAAGCAACAUCUUGGGAAGAUGAUAAGUUCAGCUAAAGAAAGUGGUAAAAUGAUACCAGAAAGAUUAAAUUUAGAAUAUUCAUCCGUAUGCUUCGAUUACGAUCAUUGGAAUUCAAAGCAAAAAGCUUUAAAGAAAGGGUUUAGGAUAAAAUAUGAGAAUACCGAUUCUCUGUAUCUCACCUGCUCAGAUAGUUAUUACGAAAAAUGCGAUGAAGCCUUCUCCAGAGAAGAACUUUCCAAAGAAGUGUAUUGGACUGAAAUGGUCAAAAUUAUUAUGGAUAUGAUGAGAAAGUUAUGCGAUUAA